AUGCCCAUUGGAUUUGCCACCAAAGGCGCCCCGCGAAAAUUUACCCAGAUUUCACAUACAAGACCGGUGUUGACGUAUACUGUGACUGUUCGCCUGACUCGAAUAAUGUAUGGACGAUGGGAAGGAGAUAUCAGUUUUCAUAAGGACUGGCAAAGCUAUGUUGAUGGGUUUGGAAAAGUCGAAGAAGAUUACUGGUUGGGUUUGGAAACAUUAAACCAGUUCACACGAAGAGGUAAAUGUUCGCUCAGAGUUGAUUUAAUGGAUUGGAACUCAACAGCACACUACGCAGAAUACGGUGCGUUCUCCGUUGGUGAUCCGUCAUCGCUCUACACGUUAUCCGUCCACGACAACACAGGCAAUGCUGGAGAUGCAUUUAAUUCCAGCUCAGGUGUACAGUUCUGCAGCAUCGGUUCUCAUUCGGAAUGCACCGAAGCGGAAGAACACAAUGGCGCAUGGUGGUUCGGGACCCCGUACACGUCACACCUCAAUGGAAUUCAUCGUUCUGAAGAUGUCAGAGUUCUACCAGGAAUUUACUGGUCCACUUUGUCGAAGGAAUCUCUGAAAGCGGUGGAAAUGAAGUUCCGUUGCGAAUAA